GUUCUCAAGCUAGCAGCUCGAUUCGAAGGCUUGAUCAAAGAGCGGCAGCUUUGCGAGAGCGCAAAGGAGAAGAACGAGGAGGAAUUGUUGAGUGACCUGAUUUGCAAGUACAACUCUUUCCGCGCCAACAGUGCUCUUCGCAAGUGGCAAAUCACUUCUGAUGGACAUCAAGCAGUAUGGUGCAUCAUCAUAGGAAUGACUGAGACUUCCAGAUCCCUUCUGAGAAGUCACCUCGACCACAACAAGUGGGAGGAGUCAGGCUACAGCGAAACGAUCUUGCGUCUCAAAAGGCAUAUGCUCAACAAUGCCCCCAAGGGUCUGUCGCCUUUCUGGGAGAAGCUUUUGACAGUGACACCAGAUGUUCAACAGCUGCACUUCCGAAAGUACAACCACUGGUGGAGCAUCAACUCACGGAGAGUCAAGAAGUCCAUGCGAGUCCGCAUCCGAUGGACGGAGGACCAAUGGACAACAAAUGUCAAUCAGUGUUGCAUCUUUGUCUUUGUUCUUCGCCAUUGCCAAGACGAUGCCCAAGUGACUGGUGAGAUGAUUGAUGGAAUGACCACUGCCUUUCUCAAUGGGGACUACAGCCAGGAUCUUGAUGCCAUCUUGGUUGCAAAGCCUGUCAAAUUUACACCAGAGAUGACAGGGAUGUGGCAGGACCACGUGGGUCGUGCUCUGCUGAAACCUGCUGGACAAGCACCAACAAAUGACACCGAUGCUACUGUGGAUGAAGCUGAGGUGCUGCAUAUGCGGGAUCAAAUCCAAGCUGGAUUGGGAGUCGCUGAUUCUUUUAUGGAAAGAAGGCUCCUUAUGCUUUGCAGCGACAAAAACCUCAGCCAAAGCUUCGGGGGACUGAUCCGGAGAUCAUUAGCAGACGCUGGCCAACGCUUCGAUGCGACAGAUGUCAACAAGACACACUACCUGGGGUUCACAGACUUAACGAAGUAUGGGCGGCUGUCGGCCAUUGCGGUGAACGAGAUCGCCAAUUGGUGCCAUCAAUUGCUGAACCAGAACCCCAACUACAGCAUGGUCUUCAUAUGUGCUCCUGUUUUGGCUGGUGAUGGUGUGAUCGCUGGCAUCCGCGGGGAGAUGAGGACAUUUCCUCGGGCAUUGCCUGGAUACAUGGUCGUAUUGGAUACCACGCUUGGAGCGAGACAAGGGACUCUAUACAAGGACAAGCAGGAAGGGGCGCAAUGGUUUGCAUCCGCGUCAACAAUCCGCUCCAUCCUUGAGGGCUGUUUAUCCCGCGUCAGCACGCUGAAGGGCCAAUUGUUGGUGGUGCAGCACCAAACCAUGUACGAUGGUGUCUUCGAGAAGGUGCUGGUGGAUCUGAUGAACGAAUUGCAGCAGGAAUGCCACCUGGCAGGGUUCAGCGAGACGACCAGCCCACCCAUCUUCCAGUAUGCCGUCACAGGGGUGAAAGACAAGCUUUUGGAGGAAUGGAAGCAAGGAAAGGGUCAGAUUGGGCUCAUGACCCCAAAGUUUCAAGCGCAAGCAGACCUUUGUGAACACGCAGCACCCCGUCAACCGCAGCUGAAAAUGUGCAAAAUGGAUGAUGCUGGCAAUAUGGCCAUUCCCAAAGAAGUUCGUGACAAGUGGCUGAGCGAUCCAGUUCGGAAUCCUGAUUGGCGAGUGCGGCUGAAGAACUUCGAUUCAGUCUUCAGCCAGCCCCUAUCCUCUGGAGAUCGACCUAACCCACAGGCCGCUGCUGCAGAUGUUGACUUGGCGCAGGAAGCUCCAGCUCCUCCCCCCUGCUGCUGUGGUGACAUGCCCGGAACCGGCCAAGAUGACCGCAAAUGA